GGCGGCGGUAGCGGUAGCGGCGGUGGCGCGCCCGCCCGGCCCCCUCCCCCGGCGCCGGCCAAGUGAGGCGGUGAUGCGGGCGCUGGCGGCCUCGGCUGCGCCGAGAGCGGAGACACAGGCUCAAGAUGGCAGAUUCCGACUGAGGCUGGGGGGGCCGAGCUCGCGCGCCGCUUUCCCGGCUCCGUUGCCAUGAAUCGCGGACACCCCGGCCCCGAUGGCCCCCGUGUACGAAGGUAUGGCCUCACAUGUGCAAGUUUUCUCCCCUCACACCCUCCAAUCAAGUGCCUUCUGUAGUGUGAAGAAACUGAAAGUAGAGCCGAGUUCCAACUGGGACAUGACUGGGUACGGCUCCCACAGCAAAGUGUACAGCCAGAGCAAGAACAUAGCACCUUCUCAGCCAGCCACCACAACCGUCAGCACCUCCUUGCCAAUCCCAAACCCAAGCCUACCUUACGAACAGACCAUCAUCUUCCCAGGAAGCACUGGGCACAUAGUGGUAACAUCAGCAAGUAGCACGUCUGUCACUGGGCAAGUCCUCGGUGGACCACAUAACCUAAUGCGUCGCAGCACUGUGAGCCUUCUUGACACCUACCAAAAAUGUGGACUCAAGCGUAAGAGCGAGGAAAUCGAGAACACAAGCAGCGUACAGAUCAUCGAAGAGCAUCCACCCAUGAUUCAGAAUAAUGCCAGUGGGGCCACUGUAGCCACUGCCACCACGUCCACUGCCACCUCAAAAAACAGCGGCUCCAACAGCGAAGGAGAUUACCAGCUGGUCCAGCAUGAAGUGCUGUGCUCCAUGACCAACACUUACGAAGUUUUAGAGUUCUUGGGCCGAGGGACAUUCGGGCAAGUGGUCAAGUGCUGGAAACGGGGCACCAAUGAGAUUGUGGCCAUCAAGAUCCUGAAGAACCACCCAUCCUAUGCCCGACAGGGUCAGAUUGAAGUGAGCAUCCUGGCCCGGCUGAGCACAGAAAGUGCUGAUGACUAUAACUUCGUGCGGGCCUAUGAGUGCUUCCAGCACAAGAACCACACCUGCUUGGUCUUUGAGAUGUUAGAACAGAACCUCUAUGACUUUCUCAAGCAGAACAAGUUUAGCCCCUUGCCCCUAAAAUACAUCCGCCCAGUCCUCCAACAGGUAGCCACAGCCCUGAUGAAACUCAAAAGCCUUGGUCUCAUCCACGCUGACCUCAAGCCAGAAAACAUCAUGCUGGUGGAUCCAUCCAGACAGCCAUACAGAGUGAAGGUCAUCGACUUUGGUUCAGCCAGUCAUGUGUCCAAGGCUGUGUGCUCCACCUACUUGCAGUCCCGGUAUUACAGGGCACCUGAGAUCAUCCUCGGUUUACCGUUCUGUGAGGCGAUUGAUAUGUGGUCUCUGGGCUGUGUCAUCGCGGAGCUCUUCCUGGGUUGGCCUUUAUAUCCAGGAGCUUCGGAGUAUGAUCAGAUUCGGUAUAUUUCACAAACACAGGGUUUGCCAGCUGAAUAUUUAUUAAGCGCAGGUACAAAGACAACUAGAUUUUUCAACCGUGACACAGACUCACCGUAUCCUUUGUGGAGGCUCAAGACACCGGAUGACCAUGAAGCAGAGACAGGGAUUAAGUCAAAAGAAGCAAGAAAGUACAUAUUCAACUGUUUAGAUGAUAUGGCCCAGGUGAAUAUGACGACGGAUUUGGAAGGGAGCGACAUGUUAGUGGAAAAGGCAGACCGGCGGGAGUUCAUUGACCUGUUGAAGAAGAUGCUGACCAUAGAUGCGGAUAAGAGAAUCACGCCGAUUGAAACCCUAAACCAUCCCUUUGUCACCAUGACACACUUACUUGAUUUUCCCCAUAGCACACACGUCAAAUCAUGUUUCCAGAACAUGGAGAUUUGCAAACGUCGGGUGAAUAUGUAUGACACGGUGAACCAGAGCAAAACCCCCUUCAUCACGCACGUGGCCCCCAGCACAUCCACCAACUUGACCAUGACCUUUAACAACCAACUGACCACUGUCCACAACCAGGCUCCCACCUCCACCAGUGCCACUAUUUCCUUAGCCAAUCCCGAAGUCUCCAUACUAAACUACCAAUCUACACUCUACCAGCCCUCAGCGGCAUCCAUGGCUGCAGUGGCCCAGCGGAGCAUGCCCCUGCAGACAGGAACAGCCCAGAUUUGCGCCCGGCCCGACCCCUUCCAGCAAGCUCUCAUCGUGUGCCCUCCCGGCUUCCAAGGUCUGCAGGCCUCCCCCUCCAAGCAUGCUGGCUAUUCAGUGCGAAUGGAAAAUGCAGUGCCCAUCGUCACUCAGGCCCCCGGAGCUCAGCCUCUUCAGAUCCAGCCAGGUCUGCUUGCCCAGCAGGCCUGGCCAAGUGGGACCCAGCAGAUCCUGCUCCCCCCAGCCUGGCAGCAGCUGACAGGAGUGGCCACCCACACCUCAGUGCAGCAUGCAACUGUGAUUCCCGAGAGCAUGGCAGGCACCCAGCAGCUGGCCGACUGGAGGAACACGCAUGCUCAUGGCAGCCAUUACAAUCCCAUCAUGCAGCAGCCUGCACUGUUGACGGGUCACGUGACCCUUCCAGCAGCCCAGCCCCUCAACGUGGGUGUGGCCCACGUGAUGCGGCAGCAGCCAACCAGCACCACCUCCUCUCGGAAGAGUAAGCAGCACCAGUCAUCUGUGAGAAAUGUCUCCACCUGUGAAGUGUCCUCUUCCCAGGCCAUCAGCUCCCCCCAGCGAUCCAAGCGCGUCAAGGAGAACACCCCUCCCCGUUGUGCCAUGGUGCACAGCAGCCCAGCCUGCAGCACCUCGGUCACCUGCGGGUGGGGCGACAUGGCUUCCAGUACCACCAGGGAGCGGCAGCGGCAGACAAUUGUCAUUCCUGACACCCCCAGUCCCACAGUCAGCGUCAUCACCAUCAGCAGUGACACAGACGAGGAGGAGGAACAGAAACACGCCCCCACCAGCACUGUGUCCAAGCAGAGGAAAAAUGUUAUCAGCUGCGUCACGGUCCACGACUCUCCGUACUCGGAUUCCUCCAGCAACACCAGCCCCUACUCUGUUCAGCAACGCGCCGGGCACAGCAACACCAAUGCCUUCGAAAGCAAGGGGAGCGUGGAGAACCACUGCACUGGCAACCCCCGCACCAUCAUCGUGCCACCCCUGAAAACCCAGGCCAGCGACGUGCUGGUGGAGUGCGAUAGCCUGGCACCAGCUACAGUGAACACCACUCACCACGUGUCCUCUUACAAGUCCAAGUCCUCCAACAAUGUGACCUCUACCAGCGGUCACUCUUCAGGGAGCUCAUCUGGAGCCAUCGCCUACCGGCAACAGCGGCCAGGCCCCCACUUCCAGCAGCAACAGCCUCUGAAUCUCAGCCAGGCCCAGCAGCACGUCACCACGGACCGUGCCGGAAGCCACCGACGGCAGCAGGCCUACAUCGCUCCCACCAUGGCUCAGGCGCCCUACUCCUUCCCGCACAACAGCCCUAGCCAUGGCACCGUCCAUCCCCACCUGGCCGCCGCCACUGCCCACCUCCCCACUCAGCCCCACCUCUACACCUACACGGCGCCUGCCGCCCUGGGCUCCACUGGCACCGUGGCCCACCUGGUGGCCUCCCAAGGCUCAGCGCGCCAUCCCGUGCAGCACACUGCCUAUCCGGCCAGCAUCGUCCACCAGGUGCCCGUGAGCAUGGGCCCCCGGGUCCUGCCCUCUCCAACCAUCCACCCCAGCCAGUAUCCGGCCCAGUUUGCCCACCAGACCUACAUCAGCGCCUCUCCAGCCUCCACCGUCUACACUGGAUACCCACUGAGCCCUGCCAAGGUCAACCAGUACCCUUACAUAUAAACACUGGAAGGAGGGGGGAGGCGGGAGGGUUGGGAGGGCCCUGCAGAGGGAGCAGAGGAGGGGCAGGUGCUCCGGGACCUAGGAAGGAGCUGGCUUUUUAUACUGAAGACACCACCGCACACAAACAAUGCAAAUGGGGGAGGGGGUGGGGACAGGGAUGGGAUGCAACUGAAACUUGAACUGGGAAGUGGGAAGACUUAGAGCAAAGAAGAGAACAUUUUAAAAAGGAAGGGAUUCAGGAGGGGGAAAUCUAUGCUUUUUAUUUAAAAAAAAAAAAAAGGAAAGAAGAGAAAAAGGAAAAAAAAAGUCAACAACAAAAACCACAGCUCACAUACCCAUCCUGCACCAAACUGGAAAGGAGAAGAAGAGAGCCACAGGAAAAUUCCAGAAGGGGUCCCCAGUGUCAGAAGAACUUUAUCUGUGAACUUUUCAAAGCUUAUUUUCAUAUGGCAGCAGUUGACAUUGAAGACUUUGCUGUCAGGGGCACCUCAUGUGGAAAUCCAAUAGAUUUUUAAGUAAUCAUGAGAAUUAGGGAUUUUUCCAGACCUCUGCAGAGUCGACACCCCCUCCAGAAUGUCAUGGUUGUAGCCUGAGGAGGCUGAUUUCGUGAUUGGGCUGGGGUUGGCAAAGCUUUGUCAGGAAUGAUGGGGGGCCAGCCAGAUUGAGAGAAGACCGCACCCCCACACUCCCAUGAGGAGCGGGCGGCGUCUCUGAGCACUCUGGACAAAUCCCUAAGCAAUGUUAUGCCUCAAAUGUCAUUACUAAUGUGUGUUGCAAACUUUGGGGUUCUUUUUUUUCCCGAAGAUUUCUUUCUUCUUUUAAUCAGCCCCUAGUCCCAUAGUGUAGGGCUAGCGUUCAUGGUGGACGCCCAAGUAGAAUGUAGCACCCUGCACCCCCAAUCCUCUACCUGUGUUCACCCCCCGAUGAUACCAAUAGACGAUUCCUCCGUGUAAUUGCACAAAGAGACAAAAUGAUAGAACAUAGGCAAGUCACCAAUGUGGCGGGUCCAGACAAGGGGCCCUGGCCACCCUACCCGGCUCCUCCUAGCACCGUUGUCACGGCCCGCGCAGUCUCAAUUCCGCCUCGUUCCCUCCUAGUGCCUUAGCAAACGACGGACGCGGUGUAAGGGUUUACUUCCACUGGUACUCCAAGAACCAGGGCUGAGGCUCGCCGCUCAGUCUCAGCUCUUCUGUUGUGCUGUCGUCACACGUUUCACUCUGGUCUCUCCUUUCUCCCUUUGGUUUCUCGUGCCCGUUGUCUCCCCUGGGCUGUCAGCUCACGGAUGUCAGGGAAGCCGGCAGCGGCUGGAAGGACAGAGUCCGUGGGACGAGCCGCGUGGGAGCUGAUGAUUGCAGGCAUGUGCAACAAUUGAUUGGGGGUUUUCAGUUGACUUCUGCUUAAGGUGGGGAUGGGAGAUGUGCAGAGACCUAGAGGGACUCCCCCUCCUUCCCGCCUGGCCAGUGAGGAAGGAAGGAGGAAGGCUGGUCCCGCACUCAUACAGGGAGCUCUGCCAGCUCCCGGGGGCUACAUUCUGUGUUCUGGCCCGACCCCUCCCCUCCAUAGACAACUACCAUCCUCCAGUUGCUGUUGAGUUCUUCCUUCACGCGUGACCCACGUCUGUGGUUCUGGUUUCAGUAUCGGAGGGGUCUGGUGGGCAGAAGGUUGAAGGGACGCUUCGGGAGGUGCAAGGGCCCAGGGGCCCUGCCCUGCUGGGAGGACCCUCCCAAGGGACAGUUACAUUUCCAAAGAAAUCUGCCCCCGGCCUCGUGUGCUCCUUUCAUGCGUCCUGGGCUUACUCCAGGCUCUAAACACUGCCGGUGAAGUGGGGAGUUGGUGGGGCAGUGAGCCCUCCAUGCAUAGUAAACAAUUGUGAAACACAGGGACGCGGGAGGCUAUCAGGCUGGGUAUGCGGCCUCAGAAGGUGACCAUCGCUGUGCAGUCUUCACAGGACCCCCUUCAUCAAGCUUCCGAGGCACAAAGAGAGCUUUCCUGUCUCAUCAGCUCCAUCCUCAUCCUCUUUGCUUGCCUCCUCACUCUGCCGUCCCUGUGAGCUGGCUACUGUGAAAGAUUUUUGUAGUGAUAGCCACCCUGAUUUAGUUAACGAAGCCAUCACUUAGCUCUUAGCUGUGAAAUAACUCUGGAAACUUCCCCACCUCCACUCCCUACUCCAUCAUCAAUUCUCACUCACAAAGAGAAAGAUCCCCAAACUGGAAACGCUUCAUUUGUAGGGCUUGCUCCGGGAGGGAAGGCUAUUCGGGUGGCAUCACUAAGCGUGUCAGGAUCUGGUGGGAAGGCAGGGAGGUGCCCUCUCCUGGGCUCGUGGUCCACACCAGCUACAUAGAGAUGGGGAGGGGGUGCCUAACCUGAGUUCACUUGUAAGAGGUGAGAGCAAGAGACCUCCCAGAACCACCUGCUGUACAGCACCUGUUAACAGAUUCUGGGUGGCCAGAUGGCAGCAGUUGCCAGUCAGGGCUCCAGUCUCACCUAGGGAUAAGCCUCAAUUUGCCUUAUUGGGGGGCACCCUGGGCUCCCCAGCACAGUGCAGUUCCAGCCCUUUCUAGAACCCAUCUUGUAGGGAAGAAAGACAACACAGUAUGUUCCUACCAUCUUAAGAAAAGUCUUUCGUCUGCUUACGUUGGAGGCUUCUUACUCUUUGGCCUGUUUUCUUUCCUCUUCCGGAUCAGGACUGAAACUUCCAUGCUGCUCAUAAAGAUAAUAUUGUACUAAUUAUUUUUGUUAUUGCCGUUGUAAUUGUGAUCAUGAUCAUCGUGUUGAUAUUUUAGUCAGGGUUUUAAAUGCACAUGUAUACCAGGUAUCUCUGUUUUCCCUUUAAUAUUUAAACUUACUUUUAUGAUGUAUCUGUGAGUAUGUCAAGUAGACUGGACGGACAGACAGAUGUCCGGCUUUGUCAGGCGAGAAGGAAACAGUCCUUGUCACUUGUAUUCCACAAAGAGCCGUGACGGGAGCUGCACUGUGGCAUGGAAGCCUGAAGAGGCAGCACAGCCUUGGGCUGCGCUCAGCCCCUACCAGGCACCUGCAGGGUGGUCUCCGCUGUAUAUGUUUCCCCCAGUUUCCAAUUUCCCAUGACCUGAUGAAGCAUCUCAUGGCUGUGGCGGAGGUGGGGAGCACUGAGUCUUCAAGCCCCUGCAUGACUUCUUGAACCCCAGACCCCACUUCUCCAUGCUUCUCACAUCUGCUAGCUGCACCCUAGGCCUGCCACAUCGCUGAUGCUUAAAACGGAAGAAACUUCUCUGCCCACAGCAGCCCCGCUGCUUUCCCAUCAGCACACCUGGAGUCUGACUUGUACCUGUCUGCACAGAGCAAAAGGCUCCCCCAUGGCUAUAAUGAGCUAAAGUGAGAGCAACAGACAGGUCAGGGGCACCUCCCCAAGACCUUCUAGCUUCCCUCUCCUACUUGUAGUCCAUAACCAUGCCACCAGCUUCUCCCUGCUCAGCCUGCCUUGUGUCCCCUUCGCUCCUAGCACACCACUAGAGGGAGCCACGCUGGGUGGCAAGUGGGGUGAGACCCCAGAGUUCCUGAAUGGAGUCCAGCAGCUACUCAGAUAUGGCUAACCAACAAGGGAGCCUGGCGAGGGCCCACAACUGCCCCCACUGGACUCUGUGCUGUGUGUAAUGGGCGCUGGCAUCCUGUGCACCAAACCUGGAAACCACCAGCCGUGAAUGAAGAAAGUGGAGCUGGCUGGCUCCACCGUUGCCCAACCCACAUUGGCACAUGCCUUAGUGCCAGGCCGGUGCUGGCCCAGGAGGAGCCUCACCCGAGGAAGACGGCAGUUCCGAUUGAGGGCAGGAUGUAGAGGACAAACAAUUGGCACUGUGUCAUCCACAGGUCCAGUGGCUUCUGCAUGUUGAGUUCUAACUGAUGCAGCCAGGUGUUAACACACUUGCCUCUGUAAUGAGUCACACUUUGUGACAUUUGGGGUGUUCUCCAGGGAAUGGAAUGAGCAAGCCAAUAGGCAGGAGGGCAGCAUGUGAUUAGGGGUAAUUCAAAGGGAGAAGGAUCUGGACACACCAGUGUGGGUCUGUCUGCAUCACUGGCUGUCCUGAAAUGGAGGGGCUCACAGGCCAUAGGAACCAGCUGGGCCGUGUCCUCUUUGGGGUACUAAAACCCCAGGGUGUCAGACAUUGGGUGACAUGUGGAGAUUAGCACCCACUGCUAACAACUCCUUCAGCUCGCUGUCAUGAUGGGAAUCGCAAACCCUCUUUGUAAGUUGAGCUCCUGGCAGAUGACAUGGGUGGUAUGCGUUGUGGACGAGUGAGUAGAGCAGAUGUUCUUGGAAAACUGGAGGGAGGAGAUGAGGAGGAUUGAGGAAGUAUUACAAGAUGGUUCCCGGUUGCUAGGACAAGCGUGGGUCCCGCUUGCAUUCCAGGGUCUUCCUUGGUGGUGCCAAGGGCAGAGGGUCCUAGGGGACCAUUAUUGCCCUUGCUGGCCUGCUGAGCAGCUGCUGAGAUGAAAAACUGCAAGAAGCCAACAGCCAGGUCCCCUCCGUGAACAGCAAGGCCUAGGCCGGGAGUGCGGGGCACCAGCCCAGUGGCUCUGCCCCAAUUUCUUGCAGCCCCAGGGACUUGCUGAGCUUCUUCUGUGUGUGUGUAUGUGUGUGUGUGUGUGUGUUUCUCUCUGACAUGUUUCUGCAGAGAUCCAGCGGGGAGGCCUCACCACUGAGCAGGCCAGAGAUGCCCCCCACCACCUUGGAAAGGAAGGCAAAGCCAUUCCUUUCUUUAGCCAAAGAACCCCUUCUCAAAGACACCUCCAGAGAUAGACAAAUGGCACCCCACCCCCUUCCCUCAUUAAUUCCUUUCUGGGCAAUAAUGACACAAUUGCUGAUGCCACUCCAUUCAUCCUUGUCUUUCCUCUCCCUUAAAAUAAUUGAAUUGUGUUUAUUUCAAGCCUGCACUCAUAUUCUUGAGAGAAAAGGAGUAGUGACCUUCAAUGCUGCUGUCACAGGGUGGGCCACCCUGGGGAUGGAGCGAUGCCAACCCACCAGGUAGCUCAGCCACUUCCUGGGCUGCAGGUGACAGGACUUGCCCUCUCUGAUGCCUGAACACUUGGCCGUCUCCCCUCCACAGGCCAGUCUCAGAAGAUGGCAGGCUGGGUUUCAGACACAAGAGAGACCUCCUCCAGGCAUGGGGCGAUACGUGACAGUAGCAUCCUGUGCUUGGGACUUGUAUGUGUGUGUGGCAGUGCCUUCCCCGUAGGAGUUCUGAGAGAGAGCUGGCUGCAGCUCUGUGCUUCCCUUCAGAUGCUGUGAGAGUGCACCACUGCCUUGGAGAGGCCUGCAGUGGGAUGUAACUGGACCCCUGCUGUGGGGGACAGCAGUAUCUGUGGGCUGCUCUCCCUUCUCUAGACUCACACAGAGCCUCUCAGCCCCGCCCCAGCCAUCCCAGAUUAGGGAGCAUCAAGGAAAGAGAUUGUAACAGUGGUCCAGAAUCCUCAACUUGCCAGUCAGUUUCUUUGUCAUCAGACCUUUAACCAGGAUGUGACCUCUGUUUGACUGUUUCAUUUGUUAGCCCUGUGACCAAUGACUAAGAUACUCCCAUGUCCCGUGUGCCAAACACUGUGCAUUGCUCACUGGUUGUCUCCAUUCCUCUGAGUCUUUAUGACAGCCCCGGAGAUUGGCAAUGUUGGUCCCUUACCGAGGGGGAGCUCUGGGCCUGCUGAGCUCCUAGCCCUACCACUUCCCACCCCUGAGGACACACAGCUUGGAAGGGGACAGCCAGGCUGGCCCCUGCCUAUGCUGCCCAGCUUCAGCAUGGGGCCUGUGGCAGCCAUCCUUGACCACCUCUGUGCUUCUGUACAACAGAAGACCUUUCAGGCGUGUCACCCACCCACCCCUGCCACCCCUAACCUGUGGCAUCGGCAGAAACUCUGUGCAGAGGAGUGCGAGCUGCACACAGGCAGAAGCAGCAAAGUGAGUUUGACUUCCUGUGAAGAAUCUCGAUGGGGGGAGGGGAGUUUCUUUAAUUCUCAGUAGAUUUCCAUUUAGAUUUCUUUCCAGCCUGCCAACUAGCUUUAGCCAUGCUGCUACAACAAACUCUUAGAGAGUAAAGGAAAAAAAAAGUUUUCUUCUUUUACAAAAAAAAAAAAAAAAGAUACCUUUUGUCUCACCUAUAGUUACUUCUAGAAAGGCAAUACUAAAAGUAUAUAUUUUUUUCAAAAUGCUAUUUUUUACUGUACUUGUUAAAUACCAGGACAGCUCUGAUUCCUGUGGCAGAUCCACUCUUCAGCCCUGGUCAGGACCAGUCACAGGAUUCACACCAAAUUUGUAAGUACCAUGUGUGAGUCUAGUGUCCAGGAACUUUUUCACUUUUUUUUUCUUUCUAUUUAAAAAAGAAGGAGGACAAGAUGAUUGUUUUAAAAGAAGGAACACAAUUUUCUCUCGAGGCAGAUACCCCUCUCUGAAGGCAGGAGGCAACCAUUUAGAAACCGGGCAAAUCCCCACCCACUGCAGGAUUCCACAAAAGAGGUUGUGAUAACACAGAUGCUUAAAAGAGCGGCAAGAAUUUAGAUCCGCUAUGAGAUUUGGUGCUUCUGGGUUUGUUUUGUUUGGUUUUUUUAAUCUAUGAUCAUUUGUUAGGAAUUUGUUAGAAAUCAGUUAUUGGGGUGGGGGGGUUCUUCCUGUUGCUUUUUUCUUUUUUCCCUAAACUUCUUUGUUGACUGGUUCCAAGUUUGUUUGUCUAAAUUCUUGGGUGGUUUACGCAAGUUCUAGAAUCUUUAGAACUUCCAACUCCUUUGGAAGCAAGCCCAGCUCCUCCUGGUUGUUGGCAAGGGGUAUUCUGAGAUUCUGACAUAAUACCUAUAGAUGUUUCAGUUUUGGUUUUGUUUGUUUUGUUUGUAAAAGCUUUUAGAUACAUUAUCUUACACAAACUGUGACCUACUGGCAAUAAUUACCUCAAAUGUGGGCAUUCAUCCUGGUUUUAAUUUUUUUUUUUUUUAAUCAUGUAGCCAGCUUGAUCUUGGGGCUUCAAAGACCAUGGAUUCUAAAUGGGCUGAAAAGAACAAUGCACGCUCACCUGGUGGUUGCUAAGUGUGUUCUGAAAGUGGUUCGUCUUCACAGCGGAAAUUAAACCAAGCAAGCAGAAGGCGAUCUCUGUGUUGUGAUCCAAUGUGAUGUUGAAUCACACGUGUAAAGUGCGUAUGUUUUUAGCUACUGGAAAAUGCUGUUCGCCUUUUAAGAGAGUCACAUUUUAAAUGAGUAACCAUGGUGACUUGAGGAGACUUCUGGCUUUGCGUCCUAAUGAGCAUGUUUCAGAGUUUAUAUUUAAACCAUUCCUUUUAAAGAGGUCUUCUGUGUAUCACUGACACCUUGAGAUCCCAGGGACCGCCUCUUCAGUUGGGAGCCCAUGUCUCCCCAAGGCGGGCAGGUCUCUCCCAUAAACUGUCCUGUAGCCUGACCCAUGCGUUUCUUCCCACAUUGUCAGUUUCCAUAUGAAGGCAAGAGGACGUCAGAGGAAGGCCAGAGUAGGAAUGGCUGAGUCGGGCUGGCCACGAAGGUCUCGUGCCUUCAUGCAGCCAGCACUUGUCUUCGAGGCAUUGCCGGUAACAACUUGAAAGAGGCAGCAAAAGGCAGCAAAAAAAAAAAAAAAAAAAAAAGGAACUUGGCCUGUUUGUUGUCAUCGUGUUCAUAUAUGUAGCUCACUGAUGACUUCUUCAAACUCCCGGUCAUCAGGCAAAAGGCACCCAGACUCCACGGACCCAAAGGAGCAGCUGUUAUUUCUGGGUCCCUGGCAACAUCCUGACCAGAGUCUCUGGGGGUUGGGGAAGAACAAGAACACCACCAAUACCCCUCCCCAACCCCAGGCCCAUGUUCAUUGUCAUUAAUUUGUUUACUCAUUUAAAAUGAAUCAAUGUGAGAGGAGAUGCCACCUCCAGCAGCCCCAGCCCUGCUCGGGGGACUGGCCAGAUACUCUACUCAGACACUGGGCAGGAGAAGGAGAUUGGCUCCUGGGGUAGCUGGAGUCUAAAUAGACGUCUGAUGUCAGAGCGAGACACUGGGGAUGGGAGCAGGGCUCCACCGGCCGGCUGGGAGGAUGCUAAGGUCUCUGGGUUGUGGUCCCAUCCAACCAAACUGGGGAGGACCUUGGACCAGGGAGCUCUUUAGUGAAAUCAUGCGUUUUGUUAGACACGUGACUGUCAAGCAUUUCUCAUCUCGCCCUCCUCUGUGCUCCUGUUUGCAUGUCUUUUCCUUUGCACUAAUCAGCCAAAUGAAUUGUGUAUCCCUGCUUGGGGGCUAUAGUAUGUUUGUAAAACCUAGAGGUAUAGAAACUGCCAAACCACCACCACCCCUUUCUUCCAUUUGAAAAGCUAACAUACCUGGGAAGGGGCGGCCUGAUCCUUUGUUCUGGUUUCCUUCCAAUGCUCUCCUAGUGCGGUUCCCUGCCCCAACCCACCCCCGCACACGCACACACACACACACACACAAACUGUGUUGGGUCUCUGUCCCUGUGACCACCUCUACCUCCCCUCUGUAUCCCCACAGCCCCCAUGUCCAGGCACCUUGGACUCCCCAGAAAGCUCACAAGCCAACAGGAAGGGCCCACUUGACCCCCGGGCAGUCAGGUCAGGCCAGCUGCCAGAGACUUCCCUGCUGGGCUGGCAGGGGCUGUGGCUUGCCUACUGCUUGUCUAGAAAGUUUAGCUCAGGUUGUAAGGAAACACUUGGGAAAUGGAAAGUGACUUAACCAUGCCCACACUUGGUAGCUUUCUGUGACUUCUGAAUGGAAUGUGGAACCCCCUCCCACUUGGCUCGCUCUUGUGUUAGUGUUCAUUGAAAGCUUCCUGGUGUAUUUUCCAGGACACAAUCAUUUCUGGCUCCCAAAGCAUCUCUUCACCUUCUGUCUGUAUUUUCUUAACCAAAUGAAGUAGACAAGCAAGUCAAACUUUGGGGCAGCCAAACUUCUAGCAUAGUUGAUCACUGUGUAGAUGUAGAUGCUGAUAACCAGUGUGUGUGUGUGUGUGUGUGUGUGUGUAAGUAUCUCAAACCAAAUUCCUGAUAGGACAAGUAUAGCUUUAUGAAAGAGGAGAAGGAGGUGUGGAGAGGCUGAAGCCGGCCCUGGAGUACGAAGGCCAGCACACCUGUGUGAGACGCUGUUCCUUCGCAUGGGGUAGGGGAGGGAGCGGCAAGGCUUGGUACCAGGCCCUUGAAGGGUGCUACCUGCCCUUCUCUGGGUCCGGAGCCUCAAGGGCAUAGAUAAGGGGGCAGCCAAUCAGAACGACAAGCAUUUUACAUCCCAUUUUGGCGUUGACCACACAUCUCGAGCUGCAGCCUCUGAUACUGUUAUCACCUUUCCAAAAAUGAUAUCCAUUAGGAUAGAAUGAACAGAUCUGUAGAAACGUUUCCCUGGCCACUGCCCGCGUUCAGGACCCUCUGCAUAGAGAGACUCGCUCCCCAGAAUGAGGAGAUGCACCGGGCAGUGGCCAGGGCCCAAGCCCCAAGGACCGGGGUUCCCUCCCAAGCUCACAUCUCUUCCAGGCCAUCUCAGCUCCAUCUCAGCUACCCUGUGGAAGCCCUUGACUCUGUCGUGUUCCUUCACUGUACGGUUUCUGUAAUAAAAAGUGUUAAUCCAUGUUAAUCUGUGUGAAAAAUUAUUGUGUGCAACAGUAUUUUCUCGUGUACCUCUUUUUCCUAUGUGAAUUGUCCCUCUCUUCUUUUUUAUUUAUAAAUGUCUACUUUUUUUUUUUUUUGAAAAGACAAACCAAUGUGUUGUAGACCUAAAUGUAACCUAUUCCUUAGUCUCAUAUUAUAGGUAUGUUAUAAGAAUGGAUAUUUUACUUGGCUUUAGGAUGUUUUACAAGGAAACUAAUUCUGAACUGAUCAAGUCCUUGCUACUAAAAUUGCUUGUGUUUUUCCAUCCUGACGUCGUGUGCUUCUAAAUUAAUAAUCAUUUUCGUUGUAGAAAAAUGGAGUGAAUUUAUAUUAGUCUUGGAAACUAAUAAUAGCAUUGUAAAUUUAUGAGAUGAUUUUAACAGAAAAAAAUUAUAGAAGAAUAUAGUUAUUUUAAUUGUAAUAUUACUAACUGUAGGGUGAGAAGGGGGGGAGUCCCGUCGUGGUGAACUACGUUAUAGCGUGUUACUCACAGUUUCUUUUUUGAUCAUUUUUCGGUCUCUGAGGUGAAAUGAGUUAUUAAUUAAAAUUUGUAAACUCACAUAUGCAUAUUGUAUAUGUGUAGAAAUGUAAUCACACUUUGUCUUGGAAUUACAUUAAACUGUUUGAAUUCACUGUA